AUGUCGUUAGACCAUACAGUGCAGGGUUUAGAUGGCCCUACGGGUGAAAAGGGGUCAAGAGGGGCCCUUGGCCCCAUUGGAUUACCUGGCUCAAUGGCACGCAGUGGGCCCUCAGCCUGCAUCUUGCUGGAUGCAGAGUCUGACCUGGGUCCUAAAGGAGAGCCUGGAGAAGGAGCCAGGUCAGAGAUGAUGUAUUGUCCUCCAGGGCCCGCCGGACCCCCAGGACCAGUGGGGCCAGCCGGAACUCAAGGAUUCUCAGGGCCUAAGGGGGAGCUAGGCAUAGGCAUCAGAGGAGAAAAGGGAGCGACGGGUCUCAAGGGCGACAAGGGGGACAGAGGCCAUCUCGGACUUCCUGGGGCUCAUGGGUUAGAUGGCAGACCUGGUCCAGUGGGUCUAAUAGGACCAGCAGGUGUUUCAGGACCCGCAGGACCAAAGGGAGAGAGAGCUGAAAAGGGAGAUGCAGGAUUACCAGGACCAAUCGGGCCUCAAGGCAUCCCUAUUUCCUCCUCUGCUCAUCGCAGAACAGAGGAAGGGAACGAUCAAUACGUGGAAGAGUCGGAGGUGACGACAUGUGAAACAAAGGCAGACGAGUCAAUUCCUCUGAAGAAGCAUUCAGCCCGAGUUAAACUACAGGCCCGCAAUGACUCAGUUCAGGGAAAGAAAUCAGCUGGUUCCUCUGGGCUGUUUUUCCGAGAUGGGAAAAAGCGUGUCGACUACAUCCUGGUUUACAAGAAGUCCAGUCCCCAGGUGGAAAAGAGGUGCACCUUUGAGAAGAAUCUACGGGCUGAGGGUCUUAUGCUGGAGAAGGAGCCCUCCUUGACCAACAACGAUAUCAUGUUCGUGAAAGUCCAAGCUCCUUGGGAUACACUCUGCAAAUAUGCAGAGCAGAUGAACAUCCGAAUGCCUUUCAGGAAAAAAAGUUAUUUCACGGAUUGGAAGAGCAAAACCAUGGGCAGCAGGUUUCAUCUGAGAUGCCGACAGAUAAAAAGCUGGCUGCCCAGAAAUCCCAUGAAGCUGGACAAAGAGGCGUUGCCUGACCUGGAGGAAACUGACUGCUACACCGCUCCCUUCAGCAGAGCCCGCAUGCAUCACUUCACUAUCAACAGUAGAGAGGCCUUCUUCUCCAAUUCCACCAGAAGCAGAAUAAUUCAUCACGUGCUGCAACGCACCAAGUAUGAGGACGGAAAAUCAAAGAUGGGUAUCAACCGGCUGUUGGGAAAUAACACAUAUGAGGCUGCAUUUCCUCCACAUGAGGGCGGCUACAAGAGCAGACAUCCAAUUAAGACGCACGGUGCCCAGAACCACCGGCAUCUUCUGUACGAGCGCUGGGCCCGCUGGGGGAUGUGGUACAAAUACCAGCCUCUGGAUCUCAUCAGGCGUUACUUUGGUGAGAAAAUCGGUCUGUACUUUGCGUGGUUGGGCUGGUACACCGGUAUGUUGAUCCCCGCCGCCCUGGUCGGUGUUUUUGUCUUCCUCUAUGGUCUCUUCACGAUGGACUCCAGCCAAGUCAGUAAAGAGAUCUGUGAGGCCAACAACACCAUCAUGUGUCCUAUGUGUGAGGAAACCUGUGAGCCGUGGACGCUGAGUGACAGCUGUGUGUACGCCAAGGUGACCCAUCUGUUUGAUAAUGGCGGCACUGUGUUCUUUGCCAUCUUCAUGGCUAUUUGGGCCACUGUGUUUCUGGAGUUCUGGAAAAGACGGAGGGCAGAACUGACUUAUGACUGGGAUCUCAUCGACUGGGAGGAGGAAGAGGAGGAGCUGAGGCCUCAGUUUGAAGCCAAGUACUCCAGGGUGGAAAGAGUCAACCCCAUCUCCGGGAAGCCCGAGCCGUUCCAGCCCUUCUCAGACAAACUCAGCCGGCUCAUGGUGUCUGUGUCCGGAAUAUUCUUCAUGAUUUCCCUCGUUCUGACAGCCGUGUUCGCGGUGGUGGUUUUCCGUCUCAUUGCCAUGGAGAAGUUUGCUUCCUUCAACUGGUAUUUUGUGAAGAAGAACUGGCAGUUUGCCACUUCUGGCACCGGCGUCUGCAUCAACUUCAUGAUCAUCAUGUCUCUCAAUGUGGUGUAUGAAAAGGUGGCCUAUCUGCUGACAAAUUUAGAGCACCCACGGACAGAGUCUGAGUGGGAGAACAGCUUUUCUCUGAAGAUGUUCCUGUUCCAGUUUGUAAAUUUGAACAGCUCCACAUUUUACAUCGCUUUCUUUCUCGGAAGGUUCGCUGGCCGGCCGGGAAAAUACAAUAAACUCUUUAAUCGAUGGAGACUGGAGGAGUGUCACCCCAGUGGCUGUUUGAUUGAUCUCUGCCUGCAAAUGGGAGUCAUCAUGUUCUUCAAACAGAUCUGGAACAACUUCAUGGAGCUCGGUUAUCCUUUGCUGCAGAACUGGUGGUCUCGAAGGAAGAUGAAGAAAGGAGGUGGCGGAGGGCCCAACGUAGAGAACAAAGCCCAGCUUCCUCAGUGGGACAAAGACUGGAAUCUGCAGCCCAUGAACGCCCAUGGACUGGUGGAUGAAUACCUUGAAAUGGUUCUCCAGUUUGGCUUCACCACCAUCUUCGUAGCAGCCUUCCCUCUGGCUCCUCUCCUGGCUCUGCUCAACAACAUCAUUGAGAUUCGUCUUGACGCCUACAAGUUUGUCACUCAGUGGAGGAGACCCAUGCCGGCCCGCGCCACUGACAUAGGUAUCUGGCAUGGGAUCCUGGAAGGAAUCGGCGUGUUGGCAGUCAUCACCAACGCCUUCGUCAUCGCCAUCACUUCAGACUACAUCCCCCGUUUUGUUUAUGCCUUCAAAUAUGGCCCGUGUGUGGACAAAGGACACCACCACAAGAACGAGUGUUUGCGAGGCUACAUGAACAGCAGCCUGUCUGUGUUUGAGAUGAAGGACCCGAAGAACAGCAGCCUGUCCAUAUACUGCCGGUACAGAGACUACCGGGCGCCGCCCUGGAGCUCAGUGCCGUACGAAUUCACGCUGCAGUUCUGGCACGUCCUGGCUGCCAGGCUGGCCUUCAUCAUCGUCUUUGAGCACCUGGUGUAUGGCAUCAAGUCCUUCAUAGCGUACCUCAUCCCAGACAUGCCCAAGGGUCUCUGCGAUCGUAUGAGGAGGGAGAAGUACCUGAUGCAGGAGACGAUGUACGAAUCAGAGCUGACUCACCUGCAGAAGGAGCGGAAGAAGAAAGGACGGCGUUAUCACCAUGAGUGGCCUUAGCUUUAACCCCUUCACUGAAACAGCCCCCAACUCACAGGCACAACCUCCCCCUGCCUGCUUACUUAUGUGUUUUAGCUUUGAGAGUGUAGCUCCACUCGGCUGAUUCUGCACACCAAAGACACCCCGAACCCUGUUUCAGGCUCCUGAAACUGACCGCUCCCUCGCCAUCUGUUCCACGUCCAGUGUUGGCGCUGCUCCUGGUUUCUAGCUCUGACGCCCCCCCCACCUGCCCCCGACCCCUCGCCCGGCUUCACCCAGCAGGUUGCCCCGGAGUCUGUGCUGUGUCUCGGCUUCACUUGGAAAAACCUGUGCAAUUGUAAUGUUUACUAUGCAGAUCAAGGGCUGCAGAUCACCACUGUUCACCUUUGGCACCCACCCUGCACUCUCUCUAUGUGGCAGCUAGCUCUCCGCUUGGACUCUGUUUGGUGCCGCUCGCAGCAUGGCCGUGUUUUCCUCCCGUCACACUUCUGCUGGUUAUAUGUGACAGCGCUACUUUAGCACUUAGCGUCUCUUGUUGCAAAAGAGAUUCUAGUGAUGUGGCUAACCAAGAACAACGGACACUGUUCCUGCAAAGCGACUGUAUAUUGCCCUUGAAGCAUGCUGAAUAUUUGCGGCAAGAAAAACAAAAAACAGCAUUCAUCGUGGAGGAUGUGAACAUCCAUUUAGUACUUUGACAAAGAAUUAUCUUUGACAAUAUAUAAAGUGCAUGGAAGUAUUGUUUUGUAUCUUUUGAUAGACCGUGUCUGUCAUGAAGCCUGGUUCACGUGUGUCUGUUCUAGGUGUGUUACUCUGCUUGUGCUACUGCUGAGCUUGACUGUCUUGAGGUGAAGAAAUGUGAACUUUAGUGCGAUUUGAUUGUGCCUACAGUUGUGCGCACCACAAUUGUGUCACCAACUUCACGUGUGCCUGUUUGUGCUGCACGUGCUUUUUUUCAAGUGCAAGAAAUAUUCUCUCGUCGUUGUGUCGUGUGAUCUUCUGUGAAUCUCUCUGAACUCUCCUGUUAGGAUUUGUUUUGGAUGUGAGUCACAGUACCUACUCGGGUCUCAGAUAAUGGCUCUGAAACACGGCAUACGUUGUAACGUUACUCCCAUCAUGAACAAUAUACACACUCGCAUGCAGGAGCCACAAAUCUGCUCUUCCGUUCUGCACUCGCAGCCUGUUUUUCAUUUGUUGUUGGAAGCCCUGGACGUGGUUGAAACUUGGAUCACUUAGACAUACCUGUGGCUUGGAUGUUCAGCUUGCAAAGAGCAUCCAUCCACUGUUACUCACUC